AUGAAAGGUGUUCAUGACAUUUUUGAUCCACAUUGUACUGUAAUUGUACUUAUUGAUCUGGGUGAUGUUAUCUUAAAUAUUAAAGAUGAUCAUUGUCAUUCAUCUAAACCAGAAAAAAUACUAAUUCGAACAUUCAAACAAGCUGUACAAGCACGUGGUAUAAAUGAAAGUACACCUAUCCCACAAAUCUUUGAUGAAGAAGUAGCAAGAAUCGAUCUAUCAACAUUAUCCAUUACUGCUUUACCAUCUCAGAGAGAAAUUAGUUAG